AUGGUGGACACAACGUGUACCCACAGCUUAGGUACAGACCACCUUGAUAUUUCAGCCAGGCUGACUCUCAUCUUCGCAGAUUUUUGGCAAAAGCUGGAACAGAGGAUGCACCAGCUUGACCCACUACAAGCGAGUACCUACUCACCCAGAGUGCCAUGCCUCCCUCCACAUCGGGAGCCCUCAGCCCAUGCGGUGGAGAAGGCCCCAAAAUGGCAUCAACGCAAGAUCCAUCCUGUGCCUUGGCGUCGAUCGACACAAGAGAUGGAGUCCUUGCAGACCGUACCGGAAUCUUACCGAAUGUCGGUGGUGUUUCCAUUUGGGCUCGGGGUCCCAAAGAGUAUAUUGCAGGACUGUGUUCAACCCAUACAGGGUGUCAGGUGA